AUGGUCCGAUCAAGGAUGAGUUAUACUGACUUGCCAGUAUUGUUUUGGGGAUAUGCACUUCAAACUGAAGCAUACCUGCUAAACAAAGUACCUUCCAAAUCCGUGCCUAGAACACCAUAUGAAAUGUGGUUUGGGAGGAAGCCAAGUCUUAAUCAUCUUAAGAUAUGGGGUUGUCCGGCUUAUGUCAAGAAGCAUGAUAUUGACAAGCUAGACGCUAGAUCAGAAAUUUGUAGAUUCAUUGGAUAUCGAAAGGAAACUUUAGGAUACUACUUCUACCAUCCAAACGAACAAAAGGUGUUUGUUGCAAGAUCUGCAAGAUUUCUUGAGAUUGAUUUUGCAUUGGAUGGCACCUGUGUGCAAAAGGUUGAGCUUAAGGAAGAGUCUGGAGAGCCUCAUGAACCUGAAGUAGAGUCUGAUCCAGUUGACAAUCCGGUCCCUUUACCUACACUAACCCAACCUCUACCUCUAAGCCGCAAAAGAAGCCGAGAAGUUGCGGCUACUGGGACUCCUUGUGAGGCGGGGGUAGCAGAGACUUCGGCUGAUGCGAGCGAAGGGAUACAAGCCGCCGAGGCUAGGACCGAGGCAGCAGUCGUGGAACCGCCGAGAAAGAAGAUCCUCCUUAUUCUCUCGGAGGGUGAGGAUGAGGAGGAGGCUCCUCCUGCAACCGGCACGGUGACAAACGCCGAGGCUGAGGCGGAGGCUGAAGAGGUGCCGAUUUCCGAGGCGUCGAUUGCCGAAGCGGAAGGAGCCGGAGUGGAGGGAGUCGAGGCGUCGAUUGCCGAGGCGGAAGGCGCCGGAGUGGAGGGAGUCGAGGCGUCGAUUGCCGAGGCGGAAGGCGCCGGAGUGGAAGGAGCGGAGGCGUCAAUUGCCGAGGCGGCCGCCGUAGACCCGCCGUUGGAGACCUUGGUUGAGUCUUCGUUAAUGGUGGAGGCCGUGGCUUCAUUGGCGGUCACGGCCCUGAUUGAGCCACCGUUGGUCACUCCUUGUCGCCCUGGUGGCAUUGUUUUUCGUUCGCCUCCCAGGCCGUCAUCACCUUCGUCCACGGCCCUUGUUGCACCGAGCCCGCAGGUUGUCUCGGCCGCCAUGUCGAUCCCUUUGGCGCCUUUAUCGCAAGAAUCGACGGUAGUUACUGAGCUUGUGGUUGCAGAAGUCCUUGCCGCGCCGUCGGCCGCUGAAGAGACCACCUCCUCCGACGAUCUCGAGGAAUUAUACGCCAGCCUCCAUGAGGAAGGAGGUAGCUCGACCUCGGCUCCCGUGGACGAGGAUUCCAGGGUUGUCGUUGAACGGCACUGA